ACCCUGUUAGCAAUGUGAGAGUAAAGAAGCACGUCGUAAUUUCCCAGAUAAACUCUGUGUUACCGGAUAAAAAGAGCAGCGGCUGCUGGUUUCGGGGCUUCAUGGCUCUCAGGGUGUGCGCUCGCUUCCUCAGAGAGUCUGCCGGCGUGUCCCGGCGGCUCGCAGUGUCCGUCCCGCAGGAAAGUUCGUCACGGAUGCUCCUCACCGCGGGAAGCGCCGCCUGCAGCCGAGGAGGACGGAGCGGAUUUAUCUUCACUCCUGCUUGUUUUAUUACAUCAGAGGCGUUUCUCAACAGACUGAUGAAAGGCAAAGUAGCGGAGGCAGACGGCGGCAUCCAUCGCCUUCCAGCCUCUGUUCCACCAGACAGGGGUGAGCAUGUAUCAUUAUUAAUGAAACAUCCAGAUCAGCCUGAUAAUGCAAAGAUUUUAAAAGUGGCCAUAAUCGGGGCCCCAAAUGCCGGGAAAUCUACAUUGUCCAAUCAGCUCCUUGGCAGGAAGGUGUUUGCUGUGUCCAAGAAAGUGCACACAACACGAACCCGUGCCCUGGGCGUCCUGACAGAAAACAACACACAGAUAGUUUUACUGGACACUCCCGGUCUGACCACCCCAUCAAAGGUCAAAAGACACCAGCUGGAAAAGUCUUUACUUAUGGAUCCGUGGAACACUGUUAAAGAAGCCGACAUGAUGGUGGUGCUGGUGGACGUGGCCGACAGGUGGAUGUGCAGCAGGCUGGAUUUUGAGGUGCUGAAGUGCCUCGCCCAGCACCCGGAUAUCCCGGCGAUCCUCGUCCUCAACAAGGUGGACCUGGUGAAAGUUAAGGAUAAGCUGCUGGAUGUCACCGCCCUGCUGACGUGCGGCGUGGUUAAUGGGCGCAAGAUACGGGUCAGGCCCGUGAUCAAGCCGCCGUGGGCUGAAAGGAGGCCAGAGAGGGAUCCGGAGCCGCCGGCUGACAGGGAUAAUGCAGUGCCUGAGGACGGCGCUGAGCGGGACUCGGCGCUCAGCAAAGAGCAGCUGGCGGCGCUGAGGAGCCAGCAGGGCUGGCCUCACUUUAAGGACGUCUUCAUGCUGUCCUGUGAGGAUAAGGAGGACGUGGACUCUCUCAAGAGCUACUUUAUCCAGACUGCAAAGCCAGGGCGGUGGCAGUACCACAGCGAGGUGCUUACCGACCAGAGUCCAGAGGACGUCUGCACCAACAUCAUCAGAGAGAAGCUUCUGGAGCAUCUGCCCCAGGAAGUGCCCUACUCUAUGACCCAGUCUAUCCAGCUGUGGCAAGAGGGAGAGAACGGUGAACUCGAUAUUUCUGUGAAGCUUUACGUCAAGAAGCCCUCUCACAUGAAAAUGCUGAUCGGCACGGGAGGAAAGACCAUAUCGCGGAUCGCCCAGGAGGCGGGGGAAGACCUGAGCAGAGUCUACCUGAGGGUCGUCCGCCUCAAACUCUCCGCCAAGCUGAAGAUGUGAUCAGAUGGACGGACUCUCACACACAUUCAAGACUCUUGUUUUUUUUUUUGUUUUUUUUAAUUAAACUAAAGUCAGUCGCAGGAUUCCAUGAUGGAAGUUGCUCGUACCCCAUCCACGGUCCCAGAAAGCCCACCGGCGUCCUCCUCCUGGAACAAACGCGGCUAAAUUGUGACUUGAAUUGUCUACUUUAAUGCGUCUCCGUCCCUUUCACCAAAGCCCAGGAGACAUUAUUAAACAGGUUUAUUUAAAGA